GCGCGCGUCAGGAUGCGACAAACAGUAGUGUGAAAUUUGUGAGAACUACUUGCUUUUCUCUAAAUUACCUGGAACCACCUCGGCACAAUGAAACAAGUACCUCAUAUCCUCGGAAGUCCAGCUGUGAAGCCAUCCAAUCCAGAAGUGAGCCGAGAGUGUUCUGUGUUGCUUGGAAGAGCUCAGAUCUCAGCUUCCCUCCAAGAGGGGGUUAUACAGAAGAUCAAUGGCCACGAUUCCCUGCCCUUCAUUCCAACUGAGAAGUUAAAGGACCUCACCUCCCGCGUGUUCAACGGAGAGUCUGGAGCUCAGGAAGCCAAAGUGCGCAUUGAGGCGCAAGAGGUUCAAGGUAUUGAAACGCCACCCAGCACUACUCCUACUAAAAACGGAUCUCCCGAAAUAAAGCUGAAAAUCACUAAGACCUACAUGAAUGGAAAGCCCUUGUUUGAGUCUUCAAUAUGUGGGGACAGAGGGGAGGAAGAGUCUCAACCUGAGGCAAAGGAAAAGAAAAAGAGAGGAAGGAAAAGAAAAAUUAUCACAUCUGAAGCCAAUGAGAAGUCGAGCCAAGAGAUGCCAGCUGACUCGGAAUCUUCCAAAAUGGAGUCUGUAUCUGAAUCGGAGUUCCCAGAGCACAAGACUAAAGAGGACAUAUUAUUAAAAUACUCUGUUGGAGAUGUUGUAUGGUCCAAGGUCUCUGGUUAUCCAUGGUGGCCGUGUAUGGUGACAUCUGACCCUGUGUUGUAUAGCCACACAAAAGUAAAGGGGCAAAAAAAGAACGUCAGGCAAUAUCAUGUACAGUUUUUUGGUAACGCGCCUGAGCGAGCUUGGAUAUCCGAAAAGAGCAUGGUGCCCUUCAAAGGAGAAAAUGAAUACGAUCACUUGUGCCAGGAAAGUGCAAAACAGGCAUCCACCAAAGCAGAAAAAACUAAGCUUUUAAAACCCAUAACAGGCAAAAUCCGGGUUCAGUGGGACAUCGGUAUAGAGCAGGCCAAAGAAGCCGUAUUGAUGACUCCCGAAGAAAGGAAAGAAAAGUUUACUUUUAUUUACAUAAAAGACCGUCCUCAACUCAAUCCCAAAGUGGCUGCUGAAGUGGGUAUCCCAGUGGAGACCCCAGAGAAGAGUAUGGAAAGCCCCAAAAAAGAAGGGGUUUCGUCGUACAAGAGAAGACGAGUGUCCAGAACCCCAGCUGCUAGUGAAGAAGUUGAUCCUGCUGAUAAAACCACUACUGCAAAAGGACCUGAGAACUCCUCAGACCUUAAAUUUGGGAUGGCUUCGCCUGCAAGUAAAAAAAGGUCUGGCGCAUAUACCCCUAGGAGCAGGAAGGGAGAUGCCAUGAACCAGUUUCUUGUAUUUUGUCAGAAGCACAAAGAUGAGGUAAUAAACGAACACCCAGACGCAUCUGAUGAAGAGAUUGAAGAAUUGCUUGAAUCCCAGUGGAAUAUGCUCAGCAAUAAACAAAAAGCUCGCUAUAAUACAAAGUUUGCCAUUCUCACCUCUCCCAAAUCAGAAGAAGACUCUGGUAAACAUGAAAACGCACUGUCUAAGGGAUUUUAAUCUGUAUCUCGGUUGUUUUAAAGGAAAAAAAGAUCAACUGUGUUUCUACUAACCCAA